UUCAUGCUGAGGUAGUCGUAGAAGGGAGCGGAGAUACGAAACAUUUGCCCAUGUGUUACCCAAACGCUCAGUUACACAUGCCAUCAAAUUCUGUUACACAUACUUGAGUGGUGUGGGAGUAGAAAACUCCACACGGUUAAAGAAACGAAAUGGUCUGGCGCUCGUGGGGCGCGCGCGGUCUCCCCACUUCAGCACUCUGGACAGCGCUCCACCAACUUGGAGACGGCGAAACUUGUUGGAGUUACAUUCUGGAAUCACGACCUUGGAGAUAAACGACGGUGCAAUCAUGGUGGAUAUUAAGUGUAUAUUAUCUACAGGUGCAUGCAAAACGCAAGUGGACUUUUUCAAGUGAGACAUGGACUUUGCGGAAAUUAUCUUCACGUUGUUCAUUGUUGUGGUCGCAAUUGUCUCGUUGUUGUCGAACUUGCUGGUGCUGCUAUGUUUUGUCCAGAGCACCGAGAUCCGCCGACAGGUACCGGGUAUAUUCAUCAUGAACCUGUCUUUUUGCAACAUACUUAUCACCCUUUUAAACAUGCCAUCGACAUUGGUAGGGAUUGUCAGAAACCACCAGCCUUUUGGAGAUUGCCUUUGCCAUACAGUGAGCUUUCUGGAGACCUGUUUGACUGCGAACACUAUGUUGAGUAUGGCAGCACUCAGUAUAGACCGCUGGAUAGCAGUGGUGUUCCCCUUGAGUUACUCCAGUAAAAUGCGCUACAAGGACGCAGUGAUCAUGAUGUGCUACUCGUGGCUCCACUCUCUCACGUUUUCCCUCAUCGCCCUCCUGUUCUCCUGGGUUGACUAUAGCCACAUUUACGCCUCGUGCACAUUGCACUUGAGCGAAGAGAGCGACAGGAUCAAGUUUACAAUUUUCACCGUCGUUUUCCACGCCAGUAGUUUCAUGCUCUCCCUGCUGAUCCUGUGCUUCACAUAUUUGAAGGUGCUAAAAGUUGCACGCUUCCACUGCAAGAGGAUUGACGUUAUAACCAUGCAGACGCUGUUCUUGCUGGUGGAUAUUCACCCAUCUGUGAAACAAAGGUGUCUGGUAGAACAAAAGAGAAGGAAACAGAGAGCCACCAAGAAAAUCAGCAUUUUCAUUGGGUCAUUCAUCAUCUGUUUUGCUCCCUAUGUUAUUACGAGGUUGACCGAGCUGCUUCCCUUCGUGGGAAUCAACCGCCACUGGGGAAUUGUCAGUAAGUGCCUGACAUACAGCAAGGCGGCGUCCGACCCCUUUGCCUACUCCCUCCUGCGUCUACAGUACAAGAAGGUCCUGGUUAGCAUUGUCAACCGGUUGCUGCGUCGUGACCUGUACCCCUCAUCUGGCCACAACAGCUCUCUGGACACAGAGAAUGACUACUCUCUCCAGAGGAUCAGUUAAUGUCACCAUCAUGGACAUAACAAAUAUACCACAGACAGACAGACCCAAAAUAAAGGUUUCCUCAUGGAAAGAGGGAGGUGAGCGAGAGAAGGAAGAGAGCAAGAGAGAGAGAUUGAAGAAAAAGGGAUUGUAGGAAAUAGGAGAGAGCGAGAGAGAGAGAGGGAGGUUGUGGGAGGGGAAGAGGUGGAUGAGGUGGAUAGAAGGAGACAGCAGAAAAACAGGCGGGGUAGACAGUGGAAGAGAGGGCAAGACGGAUAGACUGCACAGAGAAUGAUCGCGUUCAGGGACAUUUGCUCCAGACGAUACUGGUAAACAAGGGAGUCUGAUGAUCCAUGAUUCACUGGCAGAACCACACACACACACACACACACACACACACACACACACACACACACACACACACACACACACACACACACACACACACACACACACACACACACACACACACACACACACACACACACACACACACACACACACACACACACACACACACACACACACACACACACACACACACACGCCCAGAGCCAGAAUCAAAUGAAUCAAUGUUAUUGAAUCAGCCAGGGGUUCGGUCGAUUCAUAAACUCCACAGACUCCACAAGAGUCUGAAUGCUAGUGGGCUUUUAUAACAUAAUAACCUCUUUAUAAAGGAGAUGUCAUAGCCACAUUUACAGACCUCUUGACACCCGUAUAGAAUAUAGGAACGUGCUAUUAAGGUUAUUAAUCUCUCGUGGACAGAUGCACGUAACAUAAAUGGUAGUAGAAGCUGUUGACAGACUGUGGGAUGCCAUGACUAACGAGGAACUUUGUUCCGGUACUCUGAUUUUUCAUCACUGACCACUUGGACAAAUCACGAUUUUGCAGGUGCUCGCAUCGUUCGAAUUUCGGAAGGGGAGGGGACAUUUUGGGCCACAGACUUGCCCAUAAACUGUCUGAGAGUUUUCAUAUAGAGGGGUGGAGACUUUGCUGGUCUCAUUAAUAUAUUUUAUAACACAUCUCCCCCAGAACUUAAUGGAGGAUCUGGCAAAUUUCGCAAGAUGUCUUUUCUGGGGGUCCGAGGUUAUGUCUGUCAACUGGACAGAGUGGAAGAUGGGAAAGCUUUGCUAGCGGCUGACCAGUAGCCAUUCGGGCACUGGUGCAAUUUCAAGGGGCACCAAUUCAUUUCUUGAAGUUAAAAUGUGAACUUUUCAAUGAAUGGUACUUGCUGUGGCAAAUGCUGCCAACUAGAUAACCAUGUUAUGUAGCCUAUGGACUGUGUUUUAGACUACUACUGCAGUUGCUCACAAUUUCACAUCAAUCACUGGAUAUUGAUGCACUUUGUAUUUCUCUCAGAGCUACUAGUUAUAACAGCCAAAGGCAAAUGCCGUCAUGUUUACUAUGGUAGCGUGUUGUAACUGAAUGUACUGCAGGUAUUAAGGUAAUUUUGAAUGAAAUGGAUUUGUACUAUUGUGUAUAUUGUAAUACUUUAUUCUGGCAGGUGAUUGCUGGAAAUGUUGA